ACUAUGGUUCUGUGUCAAACUCAGAUCCUAUUAAGAAAAGUCAACUAAUUCAACAAAUUACUCAGAGCUUGAGAUAUCUGACAGCCGUAGAGAAUGCACUGGGAGAAAUCUCCUUCCUCAGGGCUGCCUGAUGAAAAGCCAUACCAAGGGGUGCGAGUCCGAGACCCAGUCAAAGAGUUGCUGAGGAGGAAACGAGGACUGCAUCUUCACAAUGCCAAGACAGUGCCCCCUAGAGCGGUUGGGGUCCCAAACAACAACUUCCCUUCAUAUGCACAGCUUGGGACUUCCGGGUUUGAAGUGGCUAGUAGCCUAUCCAAUGACUCCUCCACAGUCAAUGAUGGUGGCCUCUGUGCAGGUUGGAUAGCCCAGCCUGCAGCUACUGCUCUCCAGCCCAUGAACAAUUGGUCCUACCCAGAGUACCUCCAACAGCAUGACCCCACCACCACAACCACCACCACCCUGCCCCUCACCACUGACAUGUACAUGCAGCCCAUGUGCCCCAGCUACACCGUGGUGGGCCCAUCCUCCAUGCUCACCUACACUCACACACCUCUCUUUACCAACUUCGGGACCCUAGCACCAACAUCCACAGCCCUACCGCAAGUGGACCUCCAGGACUCGGUGCUGACUUAUAUCCCGUGGGCCCAGCCGCUAACCACCAUCCCAUCGGGUGUGCAGUUUGCCUCUCACCCUGCCACUCUGGCUGGGUCUCAGCUGCUUCCCAUGUCCAUGCCAGUGACCCCCACCAUGCCCCAGCAGGACCCCCAGCCCCAGCCCCUGGAGCAGAGCCCUGUUGAGGCUGAAGAACCCAACCCCCUGGAGAAACUUCUGGAGGAUCAGGAUGACAAAUACACAUAUGUGAACAGUUCCUCAAUCUUCAUCCCCGGUGUCUAAGAUAUAUCAGUGUUGCAGCCAGUCAUAAGCAUUAUUGAAAUGUUUACACAAUGCUUAUGAAUGUGUUAUGUAUGGAUUACAAAUGAAUUUAUGUAGGUAACCCUUAUAUUUCUAUUGCUCAUAAUUCAGGUUAAUAUACAGUAUGUAUGUAGUUAUACUUUCCUUUGUGUUGAAAUGUACAUUGAAGUACUGUGAAUUGCUUUUUUUUGUGAUGUAAAAGGAAACAGUGUUGUAGUUUGACUAGUUCUAUUGUUUACUAAACACAUGUUUUGCUGAAAAAAUAAAUGCUGUCAUGUAUUAUGGAAGCUGUAACUGAAAGACAGGCCUUGAUUGAUUUGUCAGAAAUCAUGCUAAAAGUUUAACUGUAUUUUUAUUUCAAUUACUUGUAAGGUAUUUAUUUGUUUUAAGAAAUACCUCCUUUGUGACAGUCAUAAUCGAAUACAGUUGUUUUAAAAGUAGUUACUCUGAGACUUAUAUUCAAAUAUUUGUAAUAAUUUCCUAGUGUCAUUCAAUUGUUAAAUUAACCCAUAUUUAUAUUUAUCCAGGGUCUGCUUUGAAGAGUAUUUGGCAUAAUCCCCCACACAGAUACACACACACUCCCCCAGGCCCCAGGGGAAACCGACAGAGACGGGGCUCUGCAGCACACCUGCCACACUCACCUGAAGCACAACAACUACUGCAGGUCUGAGGUCCAGCAAGACUGUGCUCUUGUGUUCUUUCAGUUUAUUGGUUUGCGUUUGGAGAAAUGUUGCAUACAGAUGUGUGGUAUGUUGAACAUUAAAAAAAAAAGCCAUGUUACAUAUAGUCCCCUGUAGCUCAGUUGGUAGAGCAUGGCGCUUGC